GGAGGGACCGGACCGUCAAGUGGCCAGCUCUCGAGCCUGCCCGCCCACCGCGCGCCACUCCACACCGGCAGCAGCGCGUGAGGAUGAUGCCAGCCAGAGAUAGAUGGACUGGCGAGGGAGGGGAAAAAACUGCACAGUGAUACAACUAGAGUAAAGAGGAGGCGGUGGAUGAGUGUGAGUAAAAAACUGUAAGAGUUUCGGAACAAAGAAGGACACAAAUUGAGCAGAGUGAACGGGAACUAGCCGGAGACCCGCUGGUGGCGUGUAUGUUCCUCCCCGCACAGAUGUCCGAGGCCCUCUCGAUGCCAACUGAACACUGUUGACCGAGGCAGAGCGCACAGUGACGGACACUGGAGUGGGAAGCUUCGGGGGACAGACAGCGCUGAAGCUGUGACUGAGACUCUUUGCCAGGACGCUGCAGAUCAUUCUUAUCACCAUAGAAGUGCAACUGGCUCAGCUUCUGUCGUAGAUCACCUGUUUUGCCAUCCAGAGAUGGAUUCCCCCACAGAUCUUUUCAACGACUCCACUCCACAGAUCCGUGCGUUUGCUAACACUCACGGCAGCUCCACAGACCUCCCUGGUGUUCUCCCUCAGCCCAGCACAGGACGUCCACCUCCUGCCUUCAGACCGCCCGGCUUCCCCCUCAUCCACCACCUCCUCCAGCCAGGUGGAGCCCCCAGAAGACUUGGAGGACAUCUCAACCCAAACUUGAGCACACACAGACACCUGGAUGACACAAACUUAGAGGAAGACAGAGGAGAGCGAGAUGGGCAUGUGGGGGAAGAUUUAGAAGGAGAAGAGGAGGGAGGAGUAAUGGAGGGAGAGGAAAGCUUGUUGAAAAAGAGGCACAGUGAUGCAGCCCUUGCGGCGGAGUGGGGUCAAGACGUCAUGAAAGUUAAGAGGAUGAAACUAGAGAGUCGAGCAAGAGACGGAGAGGCAGAGGAGGGAGGCAGGAGGCGUGAGGGAGGGAAGGAGGGGAAAAGGAGAGAGAGGGAAGAGUUGAAAGAACAGCUUGAGGAGGCCAGAGAGAGACUGCAGGCCCUGCAGGAGAAGGUAUGGAGGGCUUUUGGGGAGAAGAACAUGGCAGAGGAGGAGAAGAAAAAGAGGAACAGGUACAAAGACGGGGGAGAUGGAAGAGAGGGAGAUGUGGGGUUGUUAGGGGAGGAGGAGAUCACAGAAGGGUUAUACGAUGAUGAUGAUAUUGAUGCUGGAGAGAUGGAAAAAGAAACUUUCUCCCUCCUUUCUGUUUCUCCUUUUGAAAGUUUUCACAAACGCAGAGAAGAGAGGCAAAAAGACAGAGAGAGCAGGAUCGAGAGGGGACGAGGAGGGGGUUUACACUUGGAGGGUGUGAUGGAGGGAGCGGGGCUGUGGUUGGAUUGCGGAGGGCUAGUAAGGGGAGAUUGGCAGGGAGGGAUGGAAGAGGAGGGUGAGGAGGGAGGGCAGAAGUUUGCUCAGGCGCUGAAGCUGGAGUUGGGCAGCGCUGUGGCUCGAGUCAUCGAUCGAGUUCUCCGCCUUUACACCGAGAUGACAGAUUUCACUCCGUCCUCUCCUCCUGCUGCCAUCUCUUUCCUCCAGUCUGACACAGGGAACGAAGGAGGGAGGGAGAGGGGGAUGUGGAUGGGACUCUUAGCUAGAGAGGAGGAGAAAAUGAGAGGGAAGGAGGAAAAAAGAGGAGAGCAAGAUGAGGAAAAAGAGAAGCAGCUCCAAAAAACAAGUAAUGGGAGCACUCUGCCUCCGCAUUGCACCGAUCCAUCAGAUCUGGGGAUGUCAUUGGCUGUUCAGAGGUCAGCUGACAUCCGCAAAGCCCACCCUCUCCUCGGCCCACCUCUGUCCACUCAUUUAAACCCCUCUCACCCAAACCUCUCCCUUCAUCACCCCUCUCUACCUCGCCCUCCUCCUCUCUCUCACCCUCCUCUCUUACCCGGAGCCUCACAACCCAAGGACCCCUCCUCCUCCUCCUUCCACCCAUCUUCAUCCUCCUCUUCUUCCUCCUCAACUUCCUUCCACCCGCCUCCCCCACCUCCACCUCCACCCCCUCCUCCCCUCCCUCUCCCCCUCCUGCACUACUCCAUGCAGCAGCUCUUCUCUCGCUCCCUCCACCACCCUCAGCUCUCCCACCUUCCCCCGUCCCGCAAGGACUAUUUGAGCGCCGAUCCCUUUUUGGAGUUCUCCUCUCACCCUUCGUCUCACCCAUCUUUCCCCCCGCUCCCCUUGCUCGGUCACCUGGACCCCUCCCUUGCACGCCACGCUCACAGUGGGAGGGACAGGGAGAGAGGGAUGAGGGGAGAUGGAGGGAUUAGAGGAGGGGGAGGGAUGGAUGGAGGAGACCUCUACCUGACUGCCGGAGGAGUAUACACCCAGGAGGGCUUGUCUCCCUGCCAUCUAAAGAAAGCCAAGCUCAUGUUCUUCUACGCACGCUACCCCAGCUCCAAUACACUGAAGACUUACUUCCCUGAUGUCAAGUUUAACCGCUGUGUGACCUCCCAGAUGAUUAAAUGGUUCAGCAACUUCAGAGAGUUCUUCUACAUCCAGAUGGAGCGCUUUGCACGACAGGCUGUCCGUGAGGCUCUCACCCGGGAAGGUGCACCUCGUCUGGGCAAUGAGAGACAGAUGAGAGUGGGCCGUGACACAGAGCUCUACCGCAUACUAAACAUGCACUACAAUAAAAGUAAUGUCUAUCAGGUUCCAGAGAGGUUCAUCGAGAUAUCAGAAGUGGCUCUGAGAGAGUUCUACUCUGCCAUUUGGACUGGAAGAGACAGCGACCCCUGCUGGAAGAAAGGAAUCUAUAAAAUUAUCUGUAAGCUCGACAGUCCUGUUCCAGAUGCCUUCAGACUGCCUGGCUGUCCUGUCGGCUGAUGAUGGAGCCGUGUUAUCUGGUUCAUGUAUUCAGAUGCACAAAUGCAUGCAGAAAAACAAAAACACACUGAGAGUGGGGAAUUUAAUUUAAAGUUCCUCAAAGUGAACGCUGGUGUGAGGUAAUCAAUUCAGUUCUGCAUUAUUUUCAUUCAUGAUUUUUAUGUUUUAAAAAAGGGAUACAACAUUUAAGGGAUUCUUCGUGACAUGGAGUGCAGGGAGAAGCACAUUCCUGCUUUAUGUAUGGACACACAGGCUCUAUAGUAGACUGACACACUUCGUAUGCUAUGAUAAGAGUCUUGUGACUGCACUUAUUGAGGAACGUGACCGUGCCAUCGAAUUAAAGUGGAAUUUCCUCUCUGAAAUUCUUCACCAGUCAGUUGACUUGUGAAAUCACAGAGCUGCUAGACAGGGUUAAUCAAAACUGUCAUGAAAUAAAUAGUUACUGUGAACACAGAGCUGGAAUGGACUGAAAUACACACAGCGUUGUGUGUAUUUUGUGACCAUGAGAUGGCUACUGUCUAAAAUGUGCUGUUAAAAUUUGUUAGCACUCACACUGAAUUAUAAUAUGCAUUCCUCUGCAAUACUUUGGACCUUCCAAUUCAUGUAUUAAAUAAUUCUGUAUAACACCCCUCAGUAAACAAACAUACCACUGACUACCCUUUACCAAGCCACACUGAAGUACAUACAGAAUACAGUCUGAGAUAGCUUUUAGACUUAAAGGCACUAUGAGGAGUUUUUCACCAGCUGAGAAACAGACUGAAACCAACACUGAUGCCUCUUUAUGACCUGCAAAAGCAAACAAAACCAUAAUUGACAACACUGAUACUUUCUCUGUUGCCAUUUUUAAUGCCUUGUACCACUCAGUGGGGGUAGGUGUCAGACCACAUGAUUGACAUUUGACUUUGGAAUCAUCCUUUUUCAUCUGUUUUCAUGUCAAAUAAUCACAUUGAGUGAUAAA